AUGUUUGGGAACAGGAAUUACUUUGAGAUUAUCCACAUCUUUAACAAGGUUUUGAACUUCACUUACUUGUGGAUUAUGGCAAUGCGUAUGCUCAGUCCAAACAUGGGUGUUGAAUUCAGAUCUUGUUUAACCUUCUUCUCCCAAGCUACUUGUUGCACCUCAUGUGGCAUAACUAAGGCGUUGUUCCGAGCAACGGACUUGCGGGCUGUUUUCCCGUCGUUCUGUAAGGACCCAGAAGACGAUCUAGGAUCCUUGGGUGCUCAAUUCCAGAACUACUUGCAGCUUGUGUUACCUGUCAUUCUGGAUGGUCUUACCGAUGAGAAUGAAUCUGUUGGCGAUGCAGCCCUGGAUGCUGGCCAUGUACUGGUUGCUGGUACGUCUGGCAAAGCUCUGCUGGAGGGUGUAAGUGAUGAUGAAGGUGCCAAGACUGAAGCGUAG